GCUUGAAUCCCUGCUUAAAACCUCAAUGCACUUUGACAGUAUGUUGAACAUGGUUCAGAUUUUGAUAAAUCUUCUUAUGUCAUCAACAAUUCUUGUCCCUGUUUCAGCGAUGAAACCAGAGCUAGACACAGCCUUGUGUUUGUCCUCUGUUUGUGUCAGGGUUAGUGCUUCCUUUAGCACCAACCCGAAAGGAGGAGGAUCGGGGGAUGAUCCGGCAUUCCAGAAAAGCAGAUUGUGGAGAGAGGAGAGGGAGAGAAUUGCAAACCUUGGCCGGAUCAACAAGGUGAUGGAGAAGAAGUUUCCACGGUUAGAGAAAAGACUCCAGCUUCGUUCGGCGGAGAUGAUGAAAGAUGUAACCGUAACUCUCGAGGCACUAUGCAUGAAAGCAAUGGAAUUUCAAGGUGAACAAGAGAAAAAUGAUGAAUCGUUGGUGAUGUCUCUCUCAGAUUUGUUGUCUGAGUCAUACGAAAAGCUGUUGAAGGCAGAGUUUGAUUUCGUGAAGGCGAAAGGUGUGUACAUGGUUGGAACCUUACUGUCAUCUCUCAUCUCAAAGAGACUGAAAACGGUGAAGUCAAUUACAAGCAUCUAUGGAGAGUUAGGAUUCAACACCUUCAAUACCUUCGAAGACGCGGUUAAAGCAUCAACAAGCUUCAGUCUUUUUCAAAAAGAGGUGAAACUGGAUGAGGGUAAGGUCGAACAUUGCUACGUCUUGGUCGUGAAUGGCUAUAAGGGAUGGAUUGUGAAAGCCAAGAGGGAGGACUUGUGUCCUCCUUUCCAAUUUCUUAAGUGAUUCUCUUUCUUAAGGAACGGUUCAAUGUGCCUAGCAUCAGGCGUUUGCAUUGUUCCUACACAAGGAAAAUAGAAGCUGUUAUCUAAGGUUAUGGCAGAGAAUAAUAGGCUAACAUUUUG